GAGACGGUGGGGGGAGGGUCACGUGUGUACACACUGUUGGGCUCAGCAGCACUCCAGCAGUAGUAAAGUCUGUAACGGACGGCCCCUUUUCACAACGAGCCUCGUCCGGAAAGUUGAGAAAUGAAGUCAGUAUCCACCGACAUGCAUUAAAACGUUUUCUGGUGUGCCGUUUUGGGGCUUUAAGAGCGCGGAGAGAGCCGAGCCGUAUUUUAGGACGCGUUUGUUUGUUUGUUUGUCAAAUGAAACGACUGAGAAAUGCCAGUGGAAAUGCUUCAUCCGAACCCUAUGCCUCCGUAGGUUUGUCACCGACCCAAAUCCAUACGUUUGUGCAGUCGACCCGUUGAGAGAGUCUUGACCUGCGUCAGAGCCCAGCAAUGUGGAUCUGCAUUGUUUACAAUGAGACGGACACCAGUGUGGACUUCCGGCUCUGCCAGGACUAUGGCCUCAUCCUGUCAAUCCUCUCCCUCAUCUACCUCCUGGUGUGCUUCCCAUUGGGCUUGUGCUACAAUGUGCUUCUCGUUGUGGUCAACCUCUCCAACAAGGUGUCCAUGACCAUGCCCGAUGUGUAUUUCGUCAACAUGGCCAUUGCAGGCCUCGUGCUCAACCUGGUGGCGCCCGUGGAGCUGCUCAGUUCAACUUUCACGCGCUGGCAUGCAUGGGAUUACAAUAACGAGGUCUACAUCACGCUUCUCAUCCUCUUUAACAUCUCCUCUCUGGUCAUCAUGUAUUCCACCACACUGCUCAGUCUGGACUACUAUAUAGAGCGGGCGCUGCCUCGUACAUACAUGUCCAGUGUGUACAACACUAAACAUGUGUGUGGGUUCAUCUGGGGCGGGGCGGUGCUCACUAGCUUCUCUUCGCUUCUCUUCUAUGUGUGCAACCACAUCUCCACUAAGAUGGUGGAGUGCUCCAAAAUGCAGAACAAGGAGGCAGCAGACGCCAUCAUGAUGUUCAUCGGCUACGUGGUUCCAGCUGUGGCUGUUCUCUACGCCUUUGUGCUCAUUUUGCGCAUUAGGAAGGAGUCUACACCUCUGGAUCAGGACUCCGCUCGCUUGGACCCUUCUAUCCACAGACUGCUGUUAGCCUCAGUCUGUGUGCAGUUUGUACUGUGGACCCCAUACUACAUGACCCUGUUGGUGCACACUGUAGCUGGUGCACCAGGGUACAUUAGCAACGCACGUUACUUACCCACCUAUUAUUUCUUAAGAUGUGUGUCCAAACUGCUGGCAUUCUCUAGCAGCUUUGCAAUGCCUCUCAUGUACAGGCAAAUGAACAAGAACUUCUCCAACAAGCUUCAGCGGUUACUGAGGAGGCUGCAUUGCGGAGACCAGUCCUGCCCGCAUGAACGCUCAACAGUGCAGCAAGUGGUGACGUGAGAUCUCCCCCCUGGAGAUUACUGACGCCCCUCCCACUCCCCUUUUCCACCUCUAGUCGGCACUUAUUCCCCACCACCAAGCCCCCCACCCCCCGGAGCCAGUAUCUGGUCAGGCUCCCUUGCUGCUCUGGACUUUGUUAAGAGCAACGUACCUAACUGUGGAAUUUCCUGUCACCUUCCAGAACUUGAUCUGAUCUAUCCAGUUCUGCAGCAGUGAGAGGACAAACCAAGCAAAACCACUAAGUGCUGUUACUUUUAUGUCACUGCGUGAAAUUCUCCACCAAGACAAUUAGGCUUCUGCAUUGAGGGCAGUAAAUUAGCAGCUGAUCAUGCAAGGCAGUGUUUUCUCAGAGUCUCACACGAAACACAAAUUAAGUAUCCUGUUUGCAAGGAAGUCCAAGCACCACACAGAUGCUUUGUGUGUAGCUUUCUCCUGACGGUGUGCAGAUCUAACUAAUGCAUGACUACCUGAAUUUCACUGUGGGGUCCCAAUAUGCUACUAAAUACAAUUUAAGUCCCAAUGACAGUAAUUUACAAAUGAUGUAGAACUAAUAAGCUAUAAACCUUAAUUAUCAAUAUGGUGGAUGGUAGUUGGUAUAUCAGCCACCCGCCACAGCUAAUGAACUUGGGUUUCAUGUCAACAUUGCAUACGCAGCCAGUAAACACCGGUAUUGCCCUCAGACCAGAGGACUGAUCACUUGAAUGAGAAGAUGGUCCUACCAUUUCAGAGCUGAAUUUACUUUUUCCUUCAAUGUGUUGAGAGUGAUUCCUCAGCUUCGAUAAUCAUUUAAACAUUUUAAAGAUUGAGUACAAUAUUAACGGUCUCUCGCAGAAAUUGUAGCUUCAUUUCAAAAGCUAUUUUCUUUCUUGAUACCUGAAACUAAUUUUCAGCAUUAUAGAUUGAGUUCUGAGGUUUUGAUCCACUCACAGGCAUGAAGAGAUUGUUCUUGCAUAUGUUAUAAGCUCCACAACACAUAUCAUAGAAUACAUUAUAUAACAUCCACAUCAGUUUGAAGUCACACACAACUGCAUUGUAUAUGAAACUCUCACAUGAAGCUUCUAUUCAGGGUUCAGACUUAACCGGUAUACCUCUUGUGAUCUCUGCUGAAAUCACAUUUUAACCAUAAGCAGUUCAAAUCAACUCAUCAAUCUGAGCAGGAAGCCCGUUGUGUGAUUUGUUAAACUGUGUUCAUGUACAUUCCCUGCAUUGUAUGAGCACUCAUGAGUGGUUGGGAGGUUUUGUACAGUGGAAAUAUGAAGCCUGACUGCGUCACUCUAGAGGCACUAUCAGAAACCUUCAUCUGAGUGUAAAAGACUGACUUGCCAAGCAGUUGCGUUUGCAGGUGCUUGACAGAGUUUGAACUGCUGCUCGUAUGCAUUGAGAUAAUCUGCACAUUAUUGGCAAUGAUGCUUUGCUUCCUGUCUGCCACAUAGUGAAAAAAGAACAGACUAAUAGUGAUGCACCACAGUUAUAAAAUGAGAAAUAAAAACUUGUUUUUGCAUGAGGUCUGUUACAUCACUGCAUUAGUUUUUUUUUGCUUUCUGAGUGAGAGGGCCAGUUUAUAAAUCAUUCUGUGAACAGUGUGGGGCAUUCACUUGAAGAGAAAUGGAAGGUGGGCACACUGUUACAUUCCACUUGCAGACAACAAUAAAUGAUCGCCACCUGCCUUUGUAGACAGUUUUAGUUUACACCUCAAAAGAUCAUUUUAUGUUAAAACUGAAUUCUCUUAAUAGUCUAACAAUUGAAAGGCGCUUCUUCACCGUCUUCUCCAAAUAUGGUCCCUUUUGGCUUCAAUAAACCAAGAUGGCAAUGGCCAGAAUGUCAAGUUGUUAAUAUUAAAAUUGUAAAAUUAUGUGAAUAUUGUUGUCUGCAACUGAGGUAUGAAACUGUGUCCAGUGGUUUAAUUUUCGCUGCAUUGCCCCACCCACUCUCUGUGUGUCGAUAUUCAGUCAGUACUGUUUUCAACUGAGGCUGUGUGUUUACAUUGUGUGCUACAUUAUGUACUGCCCCAUGAAAAAGCUUGUACAUAUCGUGACACAGUUAAUCAUUAUUUGAUCUCUGUUCAAAGUCCUAAUGCUUACUGUUCAUGUAAGAUUGGAAAGCAAACAGUAGUGCAUGCCAGUGUCCAUUUUCAGUCCCGGAUUGGAGCAUUCUACAGUGACACUCAAAUUAUCAUGAAUAGAAUUGAAUGUUUCCCAUGGUUCUGAUUAUAUGACAGUUGAACAUGUUACCACUGGUAUUUUUUAGGCUGUUAAUCUAGUUAGAAUUUAUGUCAGUUUUACAUUUGUUUCAUUAAGAGACAUCCAACAAGAAGGCACUCAACAAAACUCUAUAUUUAUUAAUCUGAUGAUGAAAAGAUGUCUGGAUCUGAAUCUGCAUCAAACCAAACAAAACGAAUGACAAUCUGAUUUUUGGAGACUAGCUUUUUUUGGAUUUUUGAAGGAGGCCUGACAAGGAAUUCAUUACCAAGGUGAUUUAGAGCAGCUCUAAAGGGACUCUGACCCUGAGGACAAUGAAGAUAGGAGAGGUGUGAGGCUAAUGAGGAGAGAGAUAGAGGUCUGGCAUUAGUCAGUGCCCAGCUCCAGAGGCCUGAGCGUUGUUCUUGGAGGCAUGCUUGGUCCUGGUCUGGUCAUAGUCAUUGGGAGGAUGCUGAGCCUGGUUCCGGCUGCCCAGCUACGGUUCUGGUGCCCCUCCGUGCCAGCAUUUCCCACUGAGUAACCCCACGCUACAUAUGACGGCUGUCUAACUGAACUAACUAGUUAACAGCAGCUACAGUUAGCAGUUUCUUUGGCAGAAAGCUAUCUGUCCAUGUGGAAACUCCGUAAAUCAGAGAGAGCAAGUGAACAAGAAAAUACAUUGUCCAUAAGAUAUGAUGCAAAUUCACCAAAUCGGUAAAUAAAGUUCUGAAUUUCUAGGCCUACUGUAAAUAGUGUGGCCGGGCCCCCAGGAACACUCCAGUGUCUAUCAUUUUUUCAGCCUCAUUUUUGUCUCAGAAUCCUGGUUUUGAUAAACAGCAAAUUCAUCAAAUUCAGUUCCCAUAUCACUAAUUUUUAAGCGGUGAAUAAAGUUCAAAAAGUUUUUGUACGGAAAUCAACGAGGCCUGUCCACCUCACCUUUUCUGCCACUAGUGGACUAUGCACAUGUGCUGUGCAGAUGUUUACACACAAAAGGUGAGGUGCCUCACAGGGAGGUCCGCCAUUUUGUCUACUGCUAGGUAGUCUUGUCAAAUUUGGCAGGAUUACUGGGAGUUGAUAUGUGCUUGUGCCAUCUAAAUUUGGUUGCAAUCACAAAAAAGAAGGCCUCACUUUUAACAAUAAAAUCUAAUUAGUUUUCCUCAGCCCAAGUCCCGACUUAACACCAAAUUUUACUGAAUCCAUUAAGUCAUCUGUGGAAUAUCUUCCUAGGUAACAGACUAAACAAACUUCUUGACAAAAAUAAUAAUUAGCAAUCACCACAAAUGUAUUAAUGCACACAAGUGGCAAAUAAAGCUUGAUCAAAUUAGGCUCAGCAUCACACCCAGCUCAGAUUACUGCUCAGGUCUGAGUGUGAUUUGUUAUUUCAGAGGGGCCGUAAUCUCACACCAGUGCAAAGAAAUUUGAGUAAUAAUCACUGAGUAAAAUGACUGAAACAGACCAAGUGUAAAAAUGCCCUCAAAGUUCUCAUGUUUCGAAUGUAUGCAGAUCUAUUUUGGUUAUUUGAACAACCAAACCUCAGACAUCCGGAUGGAUCCACUUUCAUGUGAUACUUUUGUGACUGUGUAUGCAAGUGUAUGUGUAUAAUACAAAUUAAUGUGUAUAUAUUGUAUGUGAGAGAUUUACAGGAGAAUACCAUGCUCUUUCAAAAAUACAGUAUUAUUCUCUGAGAGAUAUAUUUAGAUUCUGUAAGUAAUCUGCUAUAUUGUCAACUGAGUCAAAGACUGAUUGAACAAUAAACUAACAUGAAUAUUA